GUAUUUAUUUUUGCAAUUUCUAUAAUAUUUGAAAAUUUUCAGUCUUUGAACCCUAAAACGAACAUAAAAUUGGGGCCUGCAAUUUCUAUUUGUUCCUCCUCCUUUGUGUUUGUCGAAGCAAAUUUUCAGCCUUUAAACUCUUAACCAACAUAAAUUCUGUAAAAAUAAUUAUAAAAAUCCAGUCUUUGGUUCCAAAGUUUGGAACUUUUUUCUAUUUUGAACUUGGGAUGAUCCUGCUCUGCUAUAAUAUAUUUUUGGAUUACUACUUUUUUUAAAACUAUUAUUUCAUUCGUUAUGACAUUGAAGGAGAGCCUUGGAGCAACAUUAUAGUUUGUUUCAGUGUGACUUAUAGGUUACUGGUUGAGCCGUGGAAUCAACCACUCGUGCUUGCAUAGGGGUAGACUGCUUACAUCAUAUGCGGUCCUUCCUCGGACCCUUCGUAAACACGGGAUCGGGGUGCUUCGUGCAUCGGGCUGCAUUGCCUGGCCUUUAUGACAUAGACUUACAAUUUUUGACUAAUCUAUAAUGUUUCUGCAAAAUUUAUUUAAUUAAGGUAGUGGCUUGUAGUUGUUUGGUGCCGUUUUCCCCUUAAUUUGCUCAUAUGAUUGAUUGAUUGCUUCUGAAGUUGAUUUUGGAUCAUAAAUCUCUAACUGAAUUGUGAAUAUAUUAUCAGCUAAUAUUAUCAUCAUUCGAGUUUGAUAAGUAUUUUGGGUUCUUGGAAUUAGAUGGGAUGAUUUCCAAGAAAUUGUUAAAGUUUUGAUUUUGACGGGUGAAUUUGAUUGAUUCUUAAAUCUUGAUGCUGCCAUGAGUGUUUUAUUUAUUCUUUCCUUAGUUGUUUUUUUUUUUUUUUGUGGGAUUUGUUUGUUGAAGCACAAAAUGUUGCUAUACUCUCUUGUUUCCAAUUGUCCCUCUGCAUUUAUUCUUCUCUAUAUUUUUGUUUGUUUUUGUUUCGUUGCAGCUGUGAACUUUACGUGAAUAAGUGAAAUCCUGUUAACAGCUAGAUGGGUGAAGUUCUUCCUCUGUGUGCCUCUCCUCAUGGCUUAUUCCUCUACACUUGGACGGUUUCCUCUCAGAAGUGCUGGCGGAGCUUGAAGACUGCGAUUUCAUUUGUUAAGAAGUUUAGGUGGGCAUGGCCGUCUUCAAUGGGUGGUCCACCAAAUGGUGGUAGGCCUCUCGUAAUGGGUGUUGAGAUGUUGUGGUGGUCUUUGGGCAUCCUUCCCUUCGGUUGCAUGGUCACUGCCAUUCUGAAUUUUGUUCAUGAUCCGAUAUCUUUCGUCUUUCUAUUUAUGUUAACGGGGAGCUAUAUUUUUCAUAUAGCUGUGCUAUACUCUAUUGUUUAUUGGCAUCAGUACAUGCCUUACCGGUUAAUUGGUGCCAAGGCGAAAUUUAUGAUUGAGGUCAUUCCUAUGAUAACUGCAGCAGCCUUGCAUCACCUUUUGGAGUUCAAUUAUGGGCAUCUCGCUCUACUGCUAUGCUGCACCACAUAUUUUUACUCCUUUGCCCACUUCUUGCACUUAGCAUAUGAUAUCGGGGGAAUAGACGUAUUGCUGGGAAUAGUCAUGCAAGUUCUUGCUUACAUGCUGAACGUAGAAUUGUUAGUUAGAGCUUUGGCUUUGAGCUUCUGCUUUGUUUUAUGUUUCUAUAGAUACAUGACGUAUUGUGCUCCUGAACUACCUGUUCAUCAUAAAAAGGAGUUGGAGCAGCUACCUUGUUGAUCUGUAUGUACUUUUUGAAAGUAAUAGAGAAACUUGCAAUUAAUUUUUUGUCA